AUGUAUGGUACAAAAACUACUCGCAGUAUUCGCAAUAGGCAAACUUUAACUUAUGGAGGCAUGCCUUUGUCUGCAUUGAAUAGGAAAAUGGAAGAAACUGAUCCACUCCUUAUUGAUGCCAUCGCCCAAGUGGAUGCAUUCCAUGAUCAAGAAGAUUAUUAUACUGACUAUGGAGUGCGUGGAUGUAUUACAGAACCUGUGAGGCAUCCUGAAUUAUCAUUAGGAUUUUUGGGAAAUGAUCCCAGAGGGAAACAGAUUGGGCCUGAUAUUAAUAAAAUUUCGAAGCAAAUACAGCAACGUAAGACUGAUUUUACCAUAGGAAUGGGUACUAAUGCCGAUACACAGGUCCCCGAAAGGCCAUGGUCAGAGCAAUCUAUAAAAAUUGGUCGAGAUAAACUACACGGAAGACUUAAGGAUAAUACCCAU